GCAUAUCGGCUCGUACGUCACUUGCCAACACGGUUUCAUCACUACGGUCAGAUAUUAGUUUCUGUCUUGUGGCUGGCUUGUUAAAGCGCUCGGCUGAUAACCUACGACAACGUCGCUACUUGCGUUGGAUCUUUCAUCUAAUCGGUCACUAGGUGCGAUCGAUCUCUGGGCUCUGGUCUUUCCUCAGUACAGCAGUUACUGCAUUGUUUCUGAAACAAGAACCACCUUCAGCCGUGGUUACAUGUUGUUUAGUGUGAGGGUUUUGGAUAAAGUUUCCAUUAAGAUGGAAAAGUUAAAGGAAGCAAGUAACUUACGGUGAUGAUCUCCGUAAAGUGCGUCUAACAAGGAUUCUAUUUAGCUACGUUUAGAAGAAAUACCCCGUAAUAGGCGAAAAAGCAUGGCGACGUCCUUACAGACUUUUUCUUCGUUAACAAACGAAAGUGUGGUUAAUGGGACUACACAAGCUGCAUUUUACGACUGCGACCUCAACGGUACCAGAAGUGAAACGGCGGUCGGAGACGAGUCAAUCACUGCUAAAACUGUCAUUUUGGUAACCUCCUACUCUUUGAUUUUUGUUGUUGGCUUGAUCGGAAAUGGACUCGUUAUCUACGUCGUCUUACGAUUCGCCAAAAUGAAGACUGUUACUAAUUUGUAUAUACUGAACUUGGCUGUUUCCGACGCCCUGUUCCUGGCUAGUUUACCUUUUCUCAUUGUAACUACCAUUUUAAAACACUGGAUUUUUGGAGCAGCAAUGUGUAAAAUGUACUUUGUGUUAUUCUCAAUUAACUUCUUUGCGAGCGUGUUUCAGCUGACAGCGCUGAGUGCUGACAGAUACCUCGCCGUCUGCCACCCUGUGAGGUCCUCCAGAUAUCGCAACACUACCAUCGCUUUUUUCAUCUGCCUCGUCAUGUGGUCAGUUUCAUUCCUCGUCAUGCUUCCAAUAAUUCUUUACUCAUCAACGACACACGCUGACCCAACAAGCAGUCGUCAGACCUGUACUAUCGUCUGGCCGGAUGGUCAACCAAUACCAGCGGACAAGGCAUUCACAUGGUACACGUUCCUACUCGGGUUCCUUAUUCCAGUUUCACUGAUAUCGGUCCUUUACAUUUCCGUAAUUUUACGGUUACAGAACGUAGGCCCGGCGAUCAAAUCUAAAGAGCGAAAGCGAUCUCAUAGAAAAGUCACAAGAAUGGUGUUGGCAGUCAUAUCGGUGUACGUUGUUUGCUGGCUACCUUACUGGGUGUUCCAAAUAAAUCUGACUUUUAAAAAGAAUGACAUAGAAGAGUGGGAAAUUUAUCUUUUUAACGGUUUGACCGUCUUACAAUUUGCCAAUAGUAUGCUAAACCCACUACUGUACGCUUUUUUGAGUGAAAAUUUUCGUCGCAGUUUUGUUAAAGCGUUUCAGUGUGCAUCGUCCAACGACGUCAACAAAAGCUUGUGUCAUGAAAAUAGCGUUUUUCCAAAGUCAAGCCAAAAGAAAAGCACAACAAUGGAGGACAAGAAGAAAGCCGAAAAGUUCGAGAUGGCCACAAUGAUAACCACUACUGACAAUGGAGACCACCGACCAAAAAACGACAGCGCCAACUCUUUGAACGAUGGUGAUGAUGACGGCCUGUAUGUCGAUAAAGAGAGUCAGACAUUGCAAGAAGACGUCUGAACACAAUCAUUAUCAAACGUCCUGUUGACUUGGAUUUGAUCGCGUGGUCAAACGAAAUUGUGUUAUUGUCUUUGUCAUCAGUAUUGCAUGUUGUCUAUUGUUAUUCUAACUGAACAGUUCUAAAGAUCAUCACUUUUUGCACGUGUUUUUGUAAUUUUCAAAGUUAUUGUCGAUAUGGUGACUUACGUGUAUGUUUCUUGUGAAUUGUUACAAGUAUUGUAUUUGCAGUAAAACAAAUUUUCGUCCUGCGAAACUUUAUUAUGAUAAUGUACAAUGUGUUUUUUCGAUGGAGAAUAAAAUAUUGAAACUAUA